AAACUCAUAAAUUUGGAUCGGAUGCUCGAACGUCUUGUUUCGUGUCCGUUGUUAUUUGUAUUUUGACAGUCAUUGAGUGAAAAUCAAAUUAUUGCAAAUUGCGCGUGUAAUCAAUCGCAAGUCAAAAUCUUAAAUGGAUAGUCAAGUACAAACAGAAGGCUACUUUGUUGACCUGGUGGAUGAUGAGUGGAGAUCGGAUAAGUUGCCUGAAGGAGACAUCACAGUGCCUUUACACGAGCUCUCAGACCCAGAAGCAGAUAACGGCGACGCCAACUUAACAUUGAAGGAGCAAGAGCAAAAGUGGACUGAUAUUGCUCUUCCAUCAAUAAGCGAACAUUAACAAUGGAGCUACCUCAGAUAGGUAAAUGCUGUGACAAUACAUCAUGCAAACAAUUGGAUUUCUUACCAUUACAAUGCAAGU